UAUUUAACAUCCAUGGAGUCUUUCUGUUCUGCAUAAGAUUCUUUAUAGUCAAAAAAGGAGGGUCUGGUUCCCUUGAUGAGUGCACGAUUGUUUUCUGAUCUCAGUGAGAAGAUUCGUAAGGUUCUGGAAUCCUACUUUGGUCUGGAAUCACCCCUAUAUAUCUCCAGCUCAAACCUGAUCUGCCGAUCUGCCAUCGAGAAACAGGAAGAGCGCACAGACUGUCUGCUUAUCUCAGAGCUCAACAGCUGUAUCAAAGAGGUGUCAGCAUACAGCGAUCAAGGCUACAGUGCCAUUUUGUACCUCAAUGACGACUUUGAAGGGGGAGAUUUUAUCUUCACUGAAUCGGAUGCCAAAAGCGUCUCUAGAGGCCGCGUGUUUCCUAACUCUGAACUGCAGUAUUUUUCAGAUGGUUUCGGACUGUCCACUCGUGUGUUCAGUGUUUCGGUGCGGAUGCAGGUAUUCACUGUUGCAUCUCACAUGCUGACCUCGUGUCUCAUCCUCCCACUGCUGCGUCACGCUGGAGGAGGGCGAGAUCUUUAA